AUGGCCGAAGGCAGUACAUCUACUACCACGCGCGAGGCUCGCAGCACUACCCGCACUGUUCCUCGGUUCCCCAAGAACGAGUCUCGCAGUCGAAGUCCAGCCAAACGGUUUCCCUCCAAUGCUCCCCGAAGUCCUUCGAGAAAAUGUGCGAGAAGUAAAAGCCCCCUGCAGAAAACUGCCAGUGGAUGUUCUGCCUCGUUUUCCAAGCUAGUAGCCAUCAAUCCACUCAGUAGUAAUGAUGAUAAUGAUCAGGAGGAAACGACGGAUACCCCCAAAAGUCCCGUCAGGAAAAAGGAAACUUUGAAUGGCAGCAAAUUGAAUUCGAACCAAGAGGCCAUCCCCAAAAGUCCCACGAGACGACGAGAAAAAGUAGCCAGUCCAACGCGCAAAGUUGCCAAGGAAAAAGUCAGCAGCAAUCCCAAGUCUCCUUCCAGACGACCCAAAGACUCCGUUUCCCAGCUGUCCGAGUCCAGCAAAAAAUUGCUCAGUCCAUCCCGACAAAAACCAACCAUUCGCGAUAUACCCAUGGCACCUCCAUUGUCCUUCGAUGACGAUGAUGAAAAGGACGCCAUCACUACCACCACUCCUCAGGACGAGAAAAAGGAAGAAUCGUUUGUAGCUGAUUUUAGUCAAAUGAAAGAAGAGGAAACCAAGCCCGCGAAAACAGGGUCCAGAGGAGGACGGCCCUCCCCACAAAGAACGAGAUCAGGCCGCAAUAAAUCGUCACUGGAUUCGGGCACUACUGAACCUUCUGGCGAACAACAGAAUGACAAUACACCCGAGCGAGGACCUCGAAAACCACCCAUGCCAAAACCCAGCAAACUGCGAGUUCGUGCCGAAUCUCUACUGAAUCAUUCCUUAUUGGGAGAUUCAGGAAAUGGCUUGGACAUGAGUCUGAGCGCAUCCGAAUUGAAUCACAAUCCUACAGAACCCAAUCAUCAUCAACGGCGGAGACGUAGCAGUAUUUCCGGAAGUGGACGACGUAGUAGUAUUUCUGAAAGUGGACGACGGAAUUCCACGUCGCAACGAAGCAAUGUUCGAAGCAAAAGUGUCGAUCGCAGUGGUGGGGGGCGGAUGAUUCAACGUACUGCUUCUUCUUCGCACGGAGAGAAUCCGCCUCGCACUAAUAACUCCUCCUCGCGGCCCAUGCGCAAAACCAGGAGUAUGCCCGAAUCCACCAGCACGUCUCCCGGAAAUUGCAGUGGUCGUGGCAAACGGUCGACAGAUGGGGAAAAUAAUCGCAGUGGUCGCGGGAAGCGGUCGACAGAUGGGGAAAAUAAUCGCAGUGGUCGCGGGAAGCGGUCGACUGACGGGGAGAAUAAUCGCAGUGGCCGCGGAAAGCGUUCGAUUGAUGGGGAAAAUAAUCGCAGUGGCCGCGGAAAACGGUCGACAGACGGGGAAAAUAAUCGCAGUGGCCGUGGGAAACGUUCGGUUGAUGGCAAAAUCGAAGAUAAGUCAUCAGAUCAACGUCCAGGCUCAGAUCAUCGUCCGGGCAAUCGAUCAAGCAAUUCACCCGACCAACAGCGACGACUGCGAAAGACAUCGCCAUCAGCCGAAGAACAUAAAAAAUCAGCAAGUCCCGAAAAUGGACGGCGGCGGGGUUCUGCUAGUGCGAGACGAACUCGUUGCAGAACUCGAACUGACGACGAGGCCACCAAAGAAGAAUCGGUUAACAACAAUAUCAAGGAAAAGGUAGACGACGACGACAUUUCGAGUUCCGUCCACGGUGGCAAACGCCCUGCAUCACAUUCGCCGGCACGACAAGCCCGUACAUCCAAGUUCCCUUCCAACGGAGCUCGGUCGUUGUCUCCCGCACGGGGGAACCGUGACAGCAAUAACCCCGAUAAGCGUGGCCGUCGCACGGCGGCUCCUUCGGGCCGAGAGGGUGCUCGUCGCCCAGCAGCAGAGCCAACAACGCCCGCACCAACGCCAAAGGAGCAAAUAAUCAAACCAUUGGCGCCUCCGUCCGGAACGACCAAACGUGAAAGUAUCACAAUGACCACACGUGAAAGUAUGACCUUGGCCACUGUCUUUGAUAUGGAGAACAGCAUUCGUUUGGGUGCAGAUGAUGAUGGUCAUGAUUCUUCGGCAAGUGAAGCUACGGACGGUGGUGGCGACACCAUGUACCAAUUUGAUCCGACCAGUAUGAACAGUGUCUCUUCCUUCAAUCGGGCGGUGGCGUGUGAAAGCAGCCUGAACAACUCGGGUGUGUUCAAAAUGGAAAACGUUAGUAAAACCAAUGGCCACGGCGACGAUGAUGAAGAAGACGAGGGUGCACGCAGUGAUGAUAGCGGUGGAAGUUAUUUACCUGGCGCCAUGGGCAUGUCCCACCAGCGACCCUCCUCCCACAGUCCCGACCAGCGAAGAGAAUCCCGUCAAAAGCGUGGUGAUAGAGUAGAGAGAGGCAGAGAUGGCCGUUCGCGUGGCAAACGCCGCACGAGUUUGACACUCGAUUCCGUGUUUGACAGUCAAAACGCCUCCGUUCCCAAUUUGGGUCGCCAAUCCGCGGGCGCCCACGACGCUUCGUUCCGAAGUCAUGGUCACGAAAGUGACUUGAGCAGACAUGAACGCAGGAAAAAAUUGCAGGAUCGACUUCGGCAGAAGGCUGGUAGACGUCAGGACGAAGAGGAGGAAGACGAUAGCGAUGAUGAUGCAGGCUCUGUGUACUUGCCAUCCAACAUGACGGGCAAGAGUUUGACUCCACCCGGUUCCCCCCGACGGUCCAACGCGGGUCGUCGGAGCAGUCGAUCACCUCGUAACUCGGCCCAUCAGCCUCUUCGACGAACUCGAUCGUCGUCGCGGCAGGCUAGACCUCGAAUCAGCGUUCGCACGGGGAAACGCGUGGAAGAGGAUGAAGAACCAGAGAAGAAUGACGAAAAGAAAGAGAAGAACAAGGCAAUGAAGUUUCUCAAGAACAAGUUAAGCAAACUCAAGGACAAGGUUCACGACGAGUUUAGCAGCUCGUCCAUGGGUUUUGAUCCCAACGAGGACGAUGGGGAGGAAGAGUGUGAUCCGCACAACAAGAAGUCUUCUUCCAAGGGUGAGAACAAGAAGGGUGAGGAAGAGUUUGAUCCGUACAACAAGAAGGGUUCUUCUUCAAAGGGCGAGAACAAGAAGGGUGUUGGGAAGAAGUUGAAAGGAUUGUUUGGAAAGAAGGAGAAGAAACACCAUCAUCAGCUUUUGGGUUCUUCCGGCGAAAGCGAGAGUGACAAUUCUUUCGACGUGGGAAGGAUGUAA